UUUGGUGAGAACUUUGACCACUGUUCAUUGGAGGCUCUCUUUUCUUUCUCCUUCUGUUGCUAACUAAUUCUUAAUCAUUUUCCCUUUGUUUCACUGUUUUUGCUCUCAAAAUCUUGCUCAAUCCUUCUCCUUCUUCUUCCUCAUCUUCUUCUUCUUCGGCUUCAAUUCUUUCUCAGAAACCCCAAUUUCUUAUCCCCUUCAUUUCAAAUCCGCCGAUCUGUUCACUCUUACUUGCACCACUUGCUUUCCUCCAGGUUGAUUAAGAGUAAGAGGCUUGUUCUCAUUACUACCAUCUUGAGCAUAAGAUGGGGUGUUUCACAGUUUUAAAGAGCAAGAAGAAAAAUCAUGCACAGAGUGCUCAUGACAAACGCGUUAAGUCUAAAGAAAUUGUGCCAACAAUGCUGCCUGAACCCCAAAUUCAUACCCGCACAUUGCAAUCUGCACCACCAAGUUUUAAGACCAGAGUGAAACCUGUACAACCAGCUAAUGGAGCUGCAGGAAGUAGAAUACGUACAUUGUCUGCUCCAUCAUCUCUUGAUGCAGCAGAACAGGAUGCUCUUUCGUCAGUUGAAUAUGAUGAACCAGAAGAGUCAAUUGACCGCUUUGGAUUCAAUAAGGAACAAAGAUCUCCAAGUCCUCAACCCCUUCCUCUUCCAUCACCUCAGGUUAUUGUGUCCCUAAAGAAUACUGGAAGCUUUAAGUCAGUGAUGUCGUCCGGCCCUCUAUAUUCUUCUGGACCUUUGCCACUACCACCUGUGGGAGCGGUCAGAAAUUUUUCAUUUGAAGAAAUAUCUGCUGCUUGCCAUAAUUUUUCUGCUGAAUCCUGUGUUUCAGAAGGUCUAUCUUCUUUAAUAUAUAGGGCUUCUUUUGGAGAUGACACUUCAACUUCAAAGAAGUUUGAAGCCACCGUUACUUGCCGUCAUCCAUCCAAUCAGGGUUUCAAGGAAUUUGUUUCUGAGGUUAGUACUCUAACAUCUUUGCAACAUCCAAAUCUCUGUAAAUUGCUUGGCUUUCAUGGCCAUGAGGGUUCGGGACAGAGAAUGCUAGUGUACGAGAGGCUCUUUCAUGGAAGCUUAGAUCGUCUAUUGUAUGGGAGAUCAGAUGGGCCUCCUAUUGAUUGGAAUACAAGAAUAAAGAUUGCAUUAUGUGCUGCACAAGGUCUCACUUUCUUGCAUGAAGAAGGACCUUUUCAGGCAAUGUACAAUGAAUUUUCAACCGCCAACAUACAAAUUGACAAGGAUUUUAGUGCCAAGCUUUCUGGAUAUGGUUGUGUUGGACAGAUUCCUACACCCGAGACAGAGAUCUCUAACAAUUCAGUGGGAUCGGCAUAUCUAUCAAUGGAGACAUUGGAGAGGGGGCUGCUUACUCCGAAGAGCAACGUUUGGAGUUUCGGAAUUGUUCUUCUAGAAUUGCUAACUGGACGAAGAAAUCUUGAUUCUCGUUACCCAAAAGAAGAGAGGAACUUAGUUAAGUGGAGCAGACCGUUCCUUACCGAUGAUGGUCGAUUGUCAUUGAUCAUGGAUCCUCAAUUAAAAGGCCGUUACCCGACCAAGGCAGCCAGGACAGUGGCUGACAUUGCUCAAAAAUGUCUUCAGAAGGAUCCCUCAGAAAGACCCACAAUGAGAAAUGUAGUUGAGCAUCUGAAAAUCAUCCAAAAUGUAAAGCAAUCGAGCCGAUUCCCUCUGCAAGAACCCAUUGCUGCAUCCCCUGCAAAACAGAUGCUAAGAUCACCAAGCCUUGAUGGAAUCAUUACACCAGCAGCAGCCAGAUUAAGUUUCUCACCUUCUCCACCUUCUGGAUUUCACCCAUCUCUUUCACCUGGAGGGACAACUUCCUCUCCUAGACCCCCGCCUCGGUUAUGUUCAACCCUCUCCUUUGAGGAUUUCGAUCGACAAGAAAGGCGAAAAUCAUCCGCAUCAGCCCUUCGGAGACCUCGAAUCGAAGGAUACUAAUAUUCUAAAUUUAUUCUAUUUGUUUAUUAUUUAUUAAACUUUUCUUCUUUAUUUUCUUCUGUGGUCUUUUGGUGAUUGAUUCAACACAAUGUACAGCAGAUGGAAAGAGAAAAAAAAAAAAAAACCCCCCAUAAAUAUAUGCUUAUUUUUGUGUAGAUAUAGUUCUAACAAUGUCAUUUAAUGUAAAUCUAUACACUUUCUCCUGCCUGAGUUAUAAACUACUCCCUUCGUCA